CUUGCUUCAGCCUCUCCAUCACCAGCUCCGAGGCAGAGCCGUGCCAGGACCUGCAGGACACAGAGCCCAUGCAGGAGCCCCCAGGCUGGUGCAGUGCUGGUGUGUGGGUCUCCAUGGGUCUGCCCAGCCACGCAGGCAGGAUCAGGCUCCACACUGAGGUCUUGUAGCGAGCGGUGCUGCUGCGGCUGGGGCUGGGGCUCCAGAUCCAGGUUUUGCAGGCAUUCCCGUCUCCCUGACAAGCUGAUCCAAAACCCCGGAUCCCACCCAGCCAGAAAUUUGGAUCUGGAGCCAAAGGUGACUCUUGGCCCUUAUUGCUGUCACGGGCGAAGGUAAAAUGUGGAUCUGAGCAGUGCCACGAGGAGCCUGGAGCCAGCUCAGGAGCUGAACGCGGGGCUUGGGCUCCUUCUGCCCAUCACAACGGGUUCCUGAAAUAGCCUGUUGAAGAGCAGAGCCGGCAGGGGCCGAAUGAGAGGGCUCCAGGGGGGUGGGAGCCCCACCACGAUCCUGGCUGCUGCUUCAAGACGCUGGCAGCCAGCAAUAAUAGUAAUGCACGGUUCCAUUGCCGGCAGAGAGCAGCGCUGGAGAGCUAAGAAUAGCUGAGCCUGCUGCCCCCAGGAGAUCCAGUGUGGAGGAGCCAUCGGUGGCUGGGGCCAUGAGGACAGCAUCCCCCUGAGCGCAGGGCGAUGAGCCCGCAGGGACGGCCCUGCAGGAUGCCGAAGCUAUGGGGCGGGUGCUGACACCAUGAAGGGCUACCAUGGGGAGCGUAGCCAGGUACAGCCCUCCUCCGGCCACCGCUGCCGCUGCAUCCCUGAGGACUGCCAGCAUCCCGCCGACUACAUCCAGCACGGCCCCGAGGGCCGCCCGCCGUACCCCGUCAGCCCCAGCGAGCCGUGUUCCUUGGAGCAUCCCUACUGCCCGGCGCGGAGCCCCGGCGCGGCCAGCGAGUGCCCGGGCGGGCCCUUGAGCGAGCUGCCCUCGGCCAGCGCCAGCAGCACCUUCCCGAGGAUGCACCACGCGCAGCAGCCCUACGACUCCUGCGACGAAUGCAUGGCGACAGCAGCCCACCCCGCCAGCAAGAUCAACCGCCUGCCCCCCACGCUGCUGGACCAGUUCGAGAAGCAGCUCCCGCUGCACCACGACGGCUUCCACACCCUGCAGUACCCGCGGGCCGGCGGCGCCGAGCCCCGCAGCGAGAGCCCCAGCCGCAUCCGCCACCUCGUCCACUCCGUCCAGAAGCUCUUCGCCAAGUCCCACUCCCUGGAGGCGCCGGCCAAGCGGGAAUACAACGGUGCCAAGAUGGACGGCCGCGGGGACGGCUACCACCACCACCACCAUCACCACCACCAUCACCACCACCAGUCCCGCCACGGCAAGCGCAGCAAGAGCAAGGACCGCAAGGUGGACUCCCGGCACCGGUCCAAGAUGAUGGGCUGGUGGAGCUCCGACGACAACCUGGACAGCGACAGCAGCUACAUGGUGUCCGGGCGGCACGCUGCCGACCAGGGCACCCAGUACUGCGUGGACGCUCCCGAAAGUGCCUUCAGAGACUUGACCUUGAAGAGUCUAAAAGGCGGCGGGGAAGGAAAAUGCCUGGCUUGUGCCGGCAUGUCCAUGUCUCUGGACGGCCAGACAGUCAAGAGGAGCGCCUGGCACACCAUGACCGUCAGCCAGGCACGGGAAGCCUACCCCAGCGCCGGCAGCACCGAGAAGACCUUGAUGCUUCAGGAAUCAAAGGCCAAAGACCGAGCGUACCAGUACCUGCAGGUGCCCCAGGAUGAGUGGAGCGGGUACCCGGCGGUGGGCAAGGACGGGGAGAUUCCCUGCCGGCGGAUGCGCAGCGGCAGCUACAUCAAGGCCAUGGGCGACGAGGACAGCGCCGACUCCGACAUCAGCGCCAAAGUAUUGCCCAGGGCGGCCACGCGGCGAGACAGCUACCGCCGCUCCUCCAGCGCCGACCAGGCCAGGACCAAGUUUGCAAGUAGGCACUAUUCUGAUUCAUAUAUCUGUAACUGUCCCAGCUGCUGCACGCCACCGCGAAUGCUCCCGCGGGGACAGAGCUACGGGCGCUCCUUCACCACCGGCCAGAUCAACGACGAGCUCAACCACCAGUUCGAGGCCGUCUGCGAGUCGGUGUUUGGCGAGGUGGAGUCUCAGGCCGUGGAGGCGCUGGAUCUGCCCGGCUGCUUCCGCAUGCGGAGCCACAGCUACCUGCGGGCCAUCCAGGCCGGCUGCUCCCAGGACGACGAGUGCCUCUCGCUCUUCUCCAUGUCAGCCCCCGCCGGGCCAUCCAUCACCAGCAGCAUCCUGAAGCCCAGCACUUCCUUCAGUUACAGAAAAGCUCCACCUCCCAUCCCUCCAGGAACCAAAGCCAAGCCCCUCAUCUCCGUCACGGCGCAGAGCAGCACCGAGUCUGCCCACGAGAGCUACCUGCCCGGCGAGGCCACGCGCGGCUCCGCAUGGCCCAAGGACUCCGCGGCCCGCUGCAACUCGGCCGAGAGCCUGGACACCUCCAAGGUGACGUCCGUGGCCCUCGACCUGCCCCCGGUCCAGCCCCGUGCUGCUCCCAAGCCCUCCACACUCAUCAUCAAGGCCAUUCCCGGCCGGGAGGAGCUGCGGAGCUUGGCUCGGCAGAGGAAGUGGCGUCCCUCCAUCGGUGUCCAGGUUGAGGCCAUCUCCGACUCGGAUACAGAGAGCCGGAGCCAGAGGGAAUUCCACUCCAUUGGGGUGCAGGUGGAGGAGGACAAAAGGCGAGCGCGCUUCAAGCGCUCCAACAGUGUUACAGCAGGCGUGCAGGCGGACCUGGAGCUCGAGGGCUUCACCGGCCUGGCCGUGGCCACCGAGGACAAAGCGCUGCAGUUCGGGCGCCCCUUCCAGCGGCAUUCCUCGGAGCCCGAGACCGGCCGGCAGUACGCGGUGUACAAGACGGUGCACACGCAGGGGCAGUGGGCGUACCGGGAGGACUAUCAGCUGCAGUAUGACACGGUGGAGGUGCCCCGGCGGGAUGCCUGGAUGGAAAGGGGCUCCCGCAGCCUUCCCGACUCCGGACGUGCCUCCCCCUGCCACCGCGAUGGGGAAUGGUUCAUCAAGCUGCUGCAGGCAGAGGUGGAGAAGAUGGAGGGCUGGUGCCAGCAGAUGGAGAGGGAGGCUGAGGACUAUGACCUGCCAGAGGAGAUCCUGGAGAAGAUCCGGAGCGCCGUGGGCAGCGCCCAGCUCCUCAUGUCCCAGAAGGUGCAGCAGUUUUACCGCCUCUGCCAGCAGAACAUGGAUCCCAACGCAUUCCCCGUGCCCACCUUCCAAGACCUGGCCGGCUUCUGGGACCUCCUGCAGCUCUCCAUUGAGGAUGUCAGCAUGAAGUUUGCAGAGCUCCUACAGCUCAAGGCCAACGGGUGGAAGAUUGUGGAGCCCAAGGAGGAGAAGAAGGUGCCUCCCCCGAUACCAAAGAAGCCGCCGCGCUCCAAGGUGCACCCGGUGAAGGAGCGCUCCCUGGACUCGGUGGACCGGCAGCGGCAGGAGGCCCGCAAGCGCCUCCUGGCAGCCAAGCGCGCUGCCUCCUUCCGCCAGAGCUCGGCCACCGAGAGCGCGGACAGCAUCGAGAUCUACAUCCCCGAGGCGCAGACCCGGCUCUGACCGCAGCCUCCGCUUUUCUACCCGGACUGGACGGCGCGGCCGUAGCUCACUGUGACGGGGGCCGCGGGGACACCCUGGGGCAGCUCCUGGCCCCGCUCACAGCUUCUCUCUUUUCUAUCUUAGACCUUUCGUGGAUCCGACGGCGGGGGAACACAAGCCCGGUUCUGCCCCGUCCCAUUGCCCCCCCUGCCCGCAUGCCCCUGCCAGCCUCUCCCGGGGUCCGGGGCUCUCCCUCCCUCUGCCCUCCCUGGGGCCAUGUCCCAGCUCUCAGUCCCCUUCCCACCCCUCCUGCACCCCCUCCCCAGCCUGUGCCCCCACUGAAAGAGAGGUGACCCCCAGCCUCUGGCCCCCUGGGCUGGAGGGGAGGGGGCUGCAGGCAGGCCCCCCCCAGCCUCUCUGUAUUCAGUGCAAUCCGCCCCAACCCAGUGGGGACGGGACCCCCAGCCCCACCAGCACCAGGCUUUGGGAUGUGGCAGGGACACAGGGAUCCUUUGCGCUGCCCCUGCCUGCCUCCGGCUCAGGUGCCACGGGGGACCCAGGGCUGCUUCCCUAUAUACAUCUAUAACUAUAGCCUGAGGAAUAAACCAGAAACUCCCCGUGCCCAGAGCUGUGUUCUGCCUGGCGGGAUGGACCAGAGCAGCAGGAGCCCCCGGGCACGGCCCCGCUUCCCUCGCACGGAGCAUCGCGAUGCGCUUCUCCCCUUCCUGCUCAACCCUCCUUCCCCAUCCAUCUGUCCUCCAUCCGCCCGUCCUCCCCUCCUGCCAGCCUGGAGUCUGGGAGCACCUCUGCAGCGCGGCACUAGCCAGGGAUGGGGGAUACGGUCCCCCUGUGCCUUGCCACCAAUGGGAGCCACUUCCCAGUGUGUGAGCAAGGUGGUGGUGAUGGGGAGACCUGCUUGUGGUGCCAGGGACCACCGUGGCUCUGCCGGUGGGUUGGAUGGGAGCAUGGACAUGACCAGCAGCUGCCACUUGAGUGUGGGGCUGCUGGAGGUCUCCCUGAUGGGUCACCGCUUCUCCCAUGGGAUGGGACACCCCAAGAUGGGGCUGCCAUGUGCUUGGUGCCCCCUGGUCCCUCUCUAAGCAUCCUGUCCCCCCCAGUGUCCCUUUCGGUGGCAGAAGAGGGGAGAACCCCAUCCCUGUCCCUCACCCUGCCACGCAGCAUCACCAGCCACUCCCAGGCAGGGCCGGCAGGUGCCAGGAGCUCCUGAAAUCCAUGGCCAAACGUCUCCCAGGGCCCUGGGGCAGGGCAGCAGGAUCGGAGGAAGCUGGGGGGGGGGGAGCAUCUUGUGCCCCCCAUAUACCAAGAGGGGGCCAGGGCCAAGCAUGGGGGUCCCUUGCUCCAGGGGGUUCUGUCGGUGCUGAACACUUCUGGGACGGCAGCGCCCGCUCAGCCACCCAAAGCCCUUUCCCUCCCUGCUCCCCCCGCACCCUGGAUUUAGGGAUGCCCCCGGGAAGGGCUCGCCUGCCCCGGCCAGCGCCGUGCAGUGACCGUGACACGUGGCUCCCUUUUUAUUGUACCGAACCGAACCGAACCGAACCGCCGCAGUUAAUAAAGAUGACUUUGGUUACUCCGGGCCAGCGGCCGCCUCCCCGUGGGGACACGGCCGGCACCAGGCUCGCCUUUC